CACUGUUCAAAAUAGAGUCGCAAAAUAAAAAAUUUUAAUUUAAUUUUUCCACGUAAACUGAAGCCAUGUAUCAGGAAUAUCUGAACCAACUGCAGACCUCCAUAGCGCCGCUCAGCUCGGACCAGCUCAAGGAGCUGCUGAACAAUGACGACAAGCUGGACGAGAAGGUGGACGAGGUUCUGCUGGCGCUGAAGGAACAAAAGAACAAAAUAUUCGAAGACAAUCGCAGCCGAGCGGAGGAGAACAUCGAGAAGGAGCCACAGAUCAUCGAACUGCGCGGAAAGCUGUCCGAGUUGUCCGAGGAGGGGCGCAACUGCUGCAGUGCCGUGCAGGAGAAGCUCACAGAGCUCAACAAAAAGACGGGUGGCGUAGGCCAGGAGACGGCCCUGGCGCUGCUGCAGACUGCGGCCUCGGAGAGCGAGGAGCAGACCGAGGAGAUGGUCAAGAAGUUCAACGACAACGAGCUCAAUGUGGAGGCCUUCCUGGAGGAGUUUCUUGCCAGCCGCCGCACCAUGCACCUGCGCCGCCUCAAGGCCGAGAAGAUGCAGGAUCUCAUACGCAAGCAGCGCCGCAGCACAGCCCCCGGCCACCUGCCAGCGUACGGUAAUGUGCCGGCCAGCGGCUUCUAUCCCUCGCCCGGUGGAUCCGCGAUGCCCUAUCCCCCGACCGGUGGUAUGCCCUAUCCCUCGGCUGGUGGCCCAGCGCCAUAUCCCAUGAUGGGUCCACUAAUGCCCAUGCCGCCGCCGUCGAGGCCGUACUAGAAGGGGCUGCGGGGGCAACACCCGUAGACUGGUUACUGCCAUAGUAGUAGUAGUAGUAGAAGAGGAGACGAAGUGUUGGGCGGGGGGCGACGCAUGACGCAUCCGUGACGCAGUUGUAGGGGAAUUUUGAACAACCGACAGUAUAAAAUUGUGUGAAAUAUUUAAUAAACGACAACAUCUCAUCGAGUUAAAAA